AUGCUGUCUUCUGCCCCAGAGGAACCGCUGCUGCUGGCCGAGCUCAAACCCGGGCGCCCCCACCAGUUUGAUUGGAAGUCGAGCUGUGAGACCUGGAGUGUCGCCUUCUCCCCUGAUGGCUCCUGGUUUGCUUGGUCUCAAGGACACUGCAUCGUCAAGCUGAUCCCCUGGCCUCUGGAGGAGCAGUUCAUCCCUAAAGGAUUUGAAGCCAAAAGCCGAAACGGCAAAAAUGACCCAAAAGGGCGAGGCAGCCCAAAGGAGAAGACUCUGGACUGUGGUCAGAUUGUCUGGGGCUUGGCCUUCAGCCCGUGGCCAUCUCCACCCAACAGAAGGCUCUGGGCGCGUCCCCAUCCCCAAGUGCCAGACGUCUCAUGCCUGAUCCUAGCCACAGGACUCAACGACGGGCAGAUCAAGAUUUGGGAGGUGCAGACAGGGCUCCUGCUCUUGAAUCUUUCUGGCCACCAAGAUGUCGUGAGGGAUCUAAGCUUCACACCCAGUGGCAGUUUGAUUCUGGUGUCUGCGUCGCGGGAUAAGACUCUUCGCAUCUGGGACCUGAACAAACACGGUAAACAGAUCCAAGUGUUAUCGGGCCAUCUGCAGUGGGUGUACUGCUGCUCCAUCUCCCCGGACUGCAGUAUGCUGUGUUCUGCCGCUGGAGAGAAGUGUGUCUUUCUAUGGAGCAUGCGGUCCUACACAUUAAUCCGGAAGCUAGAAGGCCACCAAAGCAGCGUCGUCUCUUGUGACUUCUCCCCUGACUCUGCCUUGCUUGUCACGGCUUCUUACGACACUGACGUGAUCAUGUGGGACCCCUACACUGGCGAGAAGCUAAGGUCACUCCACCACACCCAGCUUGACCCCCCCAUGGACGACAGUGACGUCCACAUCAGCUCGCUGAGGUCCGUGUGCUUCUCUCCUGAAGGCCUAUACCUUGCCACAGUGGCGGAUGACAGACUCCUCAGGAUCUGGGCCCUGGAACGGAAAACGCCAAUUGCAUUUGCUCCUAUGACCAAUGGUCUUUGCUGCACAUUUUUUCCACAUGGUGGAGUUAUUGCCACAGGGACAAGAGAUGGCCACGUCCAGUUCUGGACGGCUCCUAGGGUCCUAUCGUCACUGAAGCACUUAUGCCGGAAAGCCCUCCGAAGUUUCCUCACAACUUACCAAGUCCUAGCACUGCCAAUACCCAAGAAAAUGAAAGAGUUCCUCACAUACAGGACUUUCUAAGCAACGUUCCUUGGAGUUGUACUUGUUUGCCUUGUAGCAGGCAGGCUCAAUCUUGCUGGCAAAGGCGUAGCUCGAAUAAUAGGCCA